AUGUCUAAUUUACAUUCAACAAGUAUUAUUAAUGGACAACAACAACAAUCAAGAGAAAGGCGUAAAUGGAAUAUUGGUGGGGUAAAUAAUGCUGCUACACAACAACAACAUCAGCAACAACAAAUUUUGAAUCCAACACAAAUGUAUUUACAAAAUCAGAAUGGAGGAGGAGUUUCUUCGUCACCUUCUCCUUCAAUGUAUCUUUCUGUUAGACCACCAAUUCAACAACCUAUACAGCAACAACAACCUUUAACUAAAGAUAUUGUUAAUUCAAAUUAUUUAUCUGUUAAUAAUAAUUCACAACAACAACGUUUUGGUAUUGGUAAUUCUAUUUCAUUAAAUGCUAUUCGUUCUGGAAUGAUUGAAAAGCAACAAGAAUCCCAACAACAACAAGAAUAUGGCAAUAGAAAUUCUUUAUCUCGACGUUAUCUUCAAACAAAUGUUGAAAAUGAAAAUAACAAAAAUAAUUGUGUUUGGAAGCCUAAUCAAAAUAUUACAAAAACAUCUAUGCUUGUUAAAAAGAGGCGCUCUUCAAAUUUAUUUAAUACUUCAGGAAAUAAUAAGGGAGAUGAUGGGGGAGAAGAAAAUGGGUCUUUUACAGCACAUCAUCAACAACAACAAAACCACCAAUCAUCAUUAUUAUUAGCAAAUAGUAACAGUCCUUGUAGUUCAAGCCAAGCAAGUACUCCAAGUGGUUGUGUUAGUAAUGAUUAUAGACAUUCUCCUCCAGAUGGAAUAAAUGCUCGUUUGGAUGAUUCUAAAUUUGGUUCUGGUGGUGGUGGGGGAGGAGGAGCUAGAAGUGCUUUAAAUAGAAUUAAACAAAGAAGAAUGGCUGCUGCGGCUGUUGCUAAUAAUAAUAAUAAUUCUGAUUUACCCCCAUCUAUAGGCCGUCAAACACCAUCAUCCCACCCGCCUCGUUCACGUUCUCAAUCACCUUCUCAACUUGCAAUGGCUGUCUUAGCUUCUGAAGCAGCUCAAGCCCAAACAGCUAGGCCUAUAUCGCCGUCUGUUCGUUCGGUCCUUUCGGGUAGUUCUCCUUCAACAACUUCUCGUUAUCAACUACGCCUUUCAACUGUUGGUAAUGGUGUUGGUGGUUCUCCCUCCUCUUCUUCUUCACGUUUACGACAAGCUAGACAAAGACUUAAAAAAUCACAAGAAAAUUUGGCUUCUUUAAAAAUUGAAAAUAAAGAGGUUGAUGAAAAUGAAGAAGAAGAGCCUUUAUCUAGAUCUAGGUCUAUUGGAAAUUUAUGGAUGACAACAACAGGGAGAAGAAGAACAUCUUUACAUUAUACAGAUGACAGAAAACAAAAUCAACGAGAAAUAGCCAAAUCAACAACAGAUUUAUUAUUAUUAAAUGGAAAACCUAAGGAAGAUGAUACCACAAAUUCAUCAAAAUUAAUUAGUAAUAGAUUAGCAGAAUCUAGGCAACGAUUGGCACAAUCAAUUAAAGAUAUUAAUAGAAGAAUAAGUGAACCAGAUAUUCAACCAAUGUUGACUUCAUUGUCUAAAGAAAAUUCUCAUCAAAUAACAGAAACACCACCUUCCUCUUCAUCAUCUUCAACUACAUUUAGAGGAGGUCCUAGACGUGGAGUACAAAAAAAGUUAGAUAAACAAUUACAACAACAACCACCACAGUCCAUUAGUGCUCGUUCUUUUCAACAUUAUAAUCCUGGUGAUUGGUCUACUGAAUCCUCUUCCAAUAUUAAAAUGAAUUUAAUGCAACCAGUAGGAAUAAGAAGUGCCACUUCUCUAACCCCAACAACAGCAUCAAAUAAUUUUUCUGCACAUUCUCCUCGUAGCAAUUAUUUGGCACAAAAACUUGCUAGCCGAAGUGGUUCUGUUGCUACUGAUUCAUCAAUAACGACAACAACCUCUUGUAAUCGUUCAUUUACUUCAGAAUUAAAUCAAAUAAAUAAUAAUUUGGCUUCAUUUCAGUUUACUUCUACAGGCUCAAAAAAAAUGGCAUUGCAUGCACAAGAAUGUAUAAAAGAAAUGCAGCAAGCUAGUGAUAAACUUUUGGGAACGCGUCAGUUGAUACAAUUUGACCCAACAAUUAAUUCUGAGGAAAAGCAUCAAUUACUUUUUAAUGUAAACAAAGCUGUAACUGCUUUUUCUAAAAGAAUGAUACUUGAAGAUGAAGAACAUGGAGGAGAACAACUUUAA